GUACAAGUUUCUCUCCGAGCUUGAUGAUCCGAAAUCAGAAGGGCCGGCUCUGGACCUGGAGUCAUCACUGGACGGGGUGGCAGAGAAGUGGUUGGGAUGGGCACGAGGAGCCGACCCCACCCAGGGAUCUUCGAAUGCGGAGGGUCAGCGCCGGCGUCUCUUCAGCGAGGACAGCGUGGAUGGCGAGGGUGGGCAAGCACCGCUGGAGCUCCAGAACGUGCAUGCACUAGAACCAGGUGCUGGGAGCGUUACGGAGGCAUCAGCCGACCGCGUUUUGCAGGAGGAGCCGGCAGACCAUGCGGAUAUUCCUGCACUUCCCACCUCAGAGGCGCCUGCGCCUGCCGGCGUCAGCGACGAAAGCUUUCAAGGGAAUCCCUUCGAUGGGAACCCCUUCGCCGAACCUGGGGAAGCGCAGCAGUCCGUUGAGCCAGACGAGCCUGCGGAGCCUGCGGAGCCUGCGGAGUGUGCGGAGCCUGCGGAAGAGCCGGAGGAGGCCGCCACGCCCGCUCAGGAGCCUGCGUGGUCUGUCGACCCAACGCCCGACUUGAGCAGAGGGAGCGGUGAGUUCGAGGAGAGCUCGGAGGCCGAGCCGGGAGAGCCGGCAGAGCCCUCGGCCUCUCCGCACGUAGAGGCCGCCCCGGCCGAGGCAGCGGCUGAACCCCAGCCUUCCGGAGUGGAAUCGGGGGCCAACGUUCCAGAAGCGAGCAAGGUCCCGGUGGAAGCCGGAGAGCAUGAACAGCUCGGUGAGGAAGGGAUCGGUGCAGAUUCCUCACCAGAAGCCGUCACGGAGGGCGACGGAUUGGUGCAGCAUCCGGGCCCGCACUGCGAGCUUGACACUGCCACAUCCACGGCCAGCAGGGAGGGUGCUCCGACCGAGCAGGCGGCAGUGGUGGCAGGCGAAGGAGUGCUCCUUCAAAAUUCCCCGCUCGCUGUCAGUCAGCCGGCAAGUCCCAAGGCGAGUUCCUCUGAUUGCCAGUGGCGGAAGGAUGGAGACAUCCAGCGUGAAGUCGCGGAGCUGCGCACACAGCUGGAGGAUGCACACGGCCAGCUCCGGCAGAGGGAGCGACAGCUUGCCGAUCUUUCCAACGUCUUAGCGGACAUGGAAGCACGAGAAGUCGCGCGCCGCGACCAGACUCAGACGGUACGAACCAAGGCGACAGAGGCCGUGCGUGCGGCCGAGCGUGAGAUGCAGGCCGCCCGCAAGAGAGCGGAGCAGGCGGAGGUCAAUGAGCGACGACUCAAGCAGGAAGCACGUGACAUGGAGCAGGAGCUCCACAAGGCUCAGGAAGCAUGGAAAGACAGAAUCAGAAAGGCUGAGUCAAAAGCACAAGAAGCAGAGAAAGAUGCGAAGGAUGCGGCGGCUGCAAGUUCAGCCGAGCUGGCAAAGUUGAAGGCUCGGAUGCGCGUGCAAGCUGCUGGCAGCGAGGAAACUCGUGGCGAGUUGGAGGCCUACAAAGCACGGACCGAAGAAGAGAUGAGCCGUCUCGGAGAGCGCCUCCGGGCGGCCGCGGACAGCGAGCUGCAGCUGCGGCAGGAGCUCCAGCAAAGUGAGCAGAGUCGACAAGAGCUGCAGGAACGAGCGGUCGAGCUUUCAGGCCAGCUGGAACACGCCCAACAAGCAUACAGCGAAGCUGCUCGUGAGGUGGGCGCUAUGUCCCUUCGCUUGAACGAGCUUGAAUUCACUCAGAGAGACGACAGCCACUCGGAGGAGCGGCUCUCGGAGAUGGACGAUCGCCUCAAAGAGUGCACCUGGAUGCGAGACCACGCGCUCAAACAAGCAGAGGAGGCCAGGGCGAAGCUCCAGUCUUUGGAGGAGGCCCAAUCCCAAGCCCAGCAUUCCGAGGAGGCCGGCAGCGGCCAGGAAGCGCGGGCUGCACUUCAGACAGCGCAGGGAGAGGUAGAGGCCCUGCAGCAGCAGCUGCAGAAAUUCGUGGAGCAGCACAAGACGGAGUUGCAGGAGCAGGCAGAGAUUUCUCGCGAAGAGAUUGAGUACUUAAAGCGUAAGAAUGAUGAGAAAGACAAAAGGCUCGAGAUCCUGACCUGCGAGAGAAACGCUCUACGCUAUGCUGAGGGCACAGAGGCUUCCAGCCGGCCCGGCCGCGUUGCUCCCAAGACCGAGGCUUCCGAGAAGCCGCUGGUCGAUCUCGAAGAUGGCCUCUCCUUGAAGGAGGUCCUUUCUAAGGAGCCAGGUGCUGGUGGGGCCGUCAAGGCCUUUUUUGCUGACGGUGACCUUGUUCUGAAACGCUUCAGCAAGCUGCUGUUUGCCAGCCCGACCACACGCAGAAUUUUCUACGGCUACGUGCUUCUGCUCCAUAUCUGGAUCUGGGUUGUAUUGCACAGGGCUGCUGCGGUUCACUCCGCCCACACGAUUUCAAAGCCAAUCGUUCCCAAUCCGUCUUAA